CAAGAGAUUUGUCCACCGUCCAGAGCUGCUGCAACUAUUUAACAGACUCUCCAAAGACCAGAGAGCCCUCUCCUCAGAGAAACUUCUUGAGUUCCUCCAAAACGACCUGUGCGAACCGGAUACAAAUGAAGAUGCAGUAAGACAACUUAUCGGGAAACAUGAGCUGAUGCUAGAAGCCCGCAGAGAGAACUACAUGACCUUAGAAGGGUUUGUCAGGUUCAUGAAUUCUGAGGACAACCACAUCCUGCGGAGGAAGCACCGCCAAGUCUACCAGGACAUGAACCAGCCGCUGACCAAUUAUUAUAUAUCCACGUCCCACAACACCUAUCUGCUCUCUGACCAGCUUGUGGGCCAGAGUCACCCGUUUGCCUAUAGCAGUGCUCUCAUGAGGGGAUGUCGGUGCCUGGAAAUUGACUGCUGGGAUGGAGACGAGGACGAGCCUGUCGUUUUUCAUGGAUUUACUUUGACCAGCAAACUCCUAUUUAAAACUGUCAUCUCUGUCAUCAACCAAUACGCGUUCCAGGCUUCCCCAUAUCCACUUAUCUUGUCACUGGAAAAUCAUUGCUCCCCUAAGCAACAGGAAGUGAUGGCGAGACAUUUAUUAAGCAUUCUGGGCGAUAAGCUUCUCACCAUGACAGUUGCCAAUUCCUUCUCCAGAUUCCUGCCGUCCCCUGAGGCCCUGAAAGGUAAAAUCCUAAUAAAACACAAGAAGAUUGGGCUCCUCCAGGACACUAUUCUACGCCCUGUUCCCAGUGCUCAUGGCCAGAUUGGAGAAUUAGUUGAGCAUGAUGAUAGGUCUCAAAAACAGCAACUAAGGAAGAUCGGUGUAUCCAUAAAUCUCCUGAGAAGAAGUGCAGAGUCCAAAACCAAACAGGUACAGAACACGGCAAUGGCCAUGAUGCUUUCAGAUCUUGUAAUUUAUACCAAAUCCAAGAAGUUUAUCAGUUUUCAACAUUCAAAGGAAAAUCAGAAGGUUUAUGAAAACAAUUCUCUGUCGGAAAAGAAGGCACAAAACCUGGCACAAAAUUCAGCCCAGGAAUUCAUCCAGCACACCAGGAGGUUCAUUACUCGGAUUUACCCUAAAGGGUCCAGAACUGACUCCUCCAACUUCUACCCGCAGGAAUUCUGGAAUGUCGGCUGUCAGAUGACCGCUUUAAACUUUCAGACGCCGGGGAUUCCAAUGGAUCUGCAGGGUGGAAAGUUUCUAGAUAAUGGGAGAUGUGGAUACAUAUUAAAGCCUGAAUUUCUGCUUAAUGAAGACUGCGCCUUUGUUCCUCACGGACGCAAACACAGGACACGUCAGAUGUUUUUCACUAUUAAGGUGAUCAGCGGCUUCCUCCUGCCACAUGGAAGUAUCUCUAAAACCAACAAGACCAGCCUGAUAGUAAAGGUAGAAAUCUAUGGGGUUCCAGUCGAUGAGGGGCGGAAACAGACACAAGUGGUCAAAAACAACGCAUUUAACCCCCAGUGGAACCAGUCACUGACCUUUUCCAUCCAGGUCCCGGAGCUGGCGCUGGUACGGUUCUCUUUAGAAGAUCAUCUGUUAAUGGUAUCAAACGAGUUCCUGGGACAGUAUACUUUGCCGCUGAUCAGCAUGAGCAAAGGAUAUCGUCACAUCCCCUUGCUGAACAAGCAUGGUCAAAGCAUGGCGCCCGCAUCUUUAUUUGUUCAUAUCUGGUAUCAGUAAUCGUCCCCGGCUAUGACGCCACCCGUCUGUGCACUAAUAAAAACUAGCGGCAGCUCUAAAAUGUAGAUGUGUUAAAUUAAUCCUUCCAUCACCACAUAGGGUAUCUGGUCAGCAACCGGCAGAAUUGUGAGUGCAGCUCUGGUGUCAGAAAACACAGAAAAACAUCAAACAACAUUUUUCUUUAUUCAUAAUUAAAUAGCGAAAUGUUAAAACCAGAAUUCAUAACUGUAUGUAAUAAACCUGAGAUCCUUCAUAUAUAAAAGCAGCAAACAACAAAUCGAAAGAACCCACAAAAAGUGUCCUUUUAUGUGACAUAAUCCACAGAGAGACAAACAUUAUGUGGUGUCAUC